CUGUCUCUCCACACCACGCCCUUGCCACGUGCAGGCGAAGCGGCCACUUUUAAAGUACCAACUACCAACAACCUUUCCAUUCAUUCUGGGAAUAUCACUCGGCUCCAGUUGAAAAGGAAAUGGAUGAUGAUGUAGUGAUCUAAUCAGAAUCAUGAUGAUUAUGAGUACAACAUUAGAUUACAUGAAACCUGCAACAGCGAACGGCCCAUUUCUCAUAGUUAGUGUUCCCCUUUACAUUAUUUAGAACAUAAAAAAAAAAAAAGAAGAAAAAAGCAUCGAAAUAAUAAAUGGUUAUAUAAUUUGCGGCGCAAAGCGAUGCUCAAUUGUUACAGAUAAAGUUAUAAACAUGGGAUUAUGUGAUCACUGAGCAGAGAGCAGUGAGUACUGAACUGAGAUCUCUGUUAAUCUCUGAAGGAACUGUUGAUGGUUAUCCUUGUGGUUAGAGACACCGGAGGGCGACUGCAAACUUCUUAUCAGGAAUUCCGUCCACUCCACCUCUGCACAAAUUAAUCCAACUUCACAGUCUCUUGUGGCUUUUCACUCUAAAAGUAUAUGGCAAGCACAACCAAUCCACAAGGACAGUCAGUGUAGGCAGAAAAGCUGGUCAGGUCAACAGUCAUGGACAGGACUGUGGGAGCUGUGUCUGCUGCAGCCGUUCUUACUACAGGUGUUGCUGCAUGGUCUCUGUACAAGUGGCUGGAAACAAGAAGCAGAUUAAAACAAUACACUGACAAGUACAGUGAUAGUAAGGAAGUGCAGAGACAGUUAGUUCAUCAAUAUGGCACCCUAGAUGAUUUGCCGCAGUUGAAGGGAUUAAUAUCACAAGAAGCAGAUAAUUAUCAUUCAAAGCUUUCACAGUUUUGCAAUGAAGUGUGUCAGAAGCAUGGGGUGAAUAAAGGCCGAGUACUUGAUGUCGGCUGUGGGCCAGGAGGGUUAUCUUUUCACCUUAGUUCUCACUUUCAGAAGGUGGUUGGUACUGAUAUUAGUUACUCAAUGAUUGCAGCAGGACAACAACUAAAACAGUUUGCAGAAUUUGGAACUCCAUUUAGUAGUGAAGGAGGCAAGAAUAUAUCUUUUGUACGCAUCAGAAUCCCAGACUGUGCCUUAAGAGAAAGGGUUGUGUUCUGGGAUGAGGAUGCAUCUGCUCUCUUUUACACUAGUGGCAAAUUUAACUGUAUUGUUGUUUCUAAUACAAUUACAGAUAUGGAAAAUUCAAAAGCAUUCUUAGAAACUAUUGUAAAUUACACUGAACCUAAUGGGUUACUGAUUAUUUCUGAUGUUUACAACUGGUUUAAUGGUCCAGAAGAACACUUAGGCGGUGAGGGUGAGUGUUUAACCCAGUCUGUAUUGGCGAAAAUCUUAGAACAAGAUUGGACUUUUGAGGAGGAGACUAACAUUCCCUUUUAUGUACCAAGAUGCAAACGUCUUGCUGAAGUUGGUAAUGCACAUGUCAGUGUUUGGAAAAGGAAACCUGAAGAAAACUAAAUUGAAUUCAGGAGGGUCAAGUUGCCAACCAGCCUCAGACUGGUUCUUGCCAAUUGUCCAUCCACUGGUUGAUGUCCUUUGUACUUUAUUUCAAAGACAAAAUAAAGAUAAUAAAAUAGGAAUUCAUGUUUUUGAGAGAGCAUAAUAUGACAAGUCUGCUCUUACAUAGGUUAAUUCAUUGUGUUUUGUUAUUUUCAUGGUAUUUUUAUGUACACAUUAAAAAACUUUCCAUCCAACCAGACCAAAUACUUUUGCAUUAUGACUUGGGAAUUCAUGCAAUAUUGAUUUUUAUUAAGUGAUAUACAGACUCUCUCUCUCUCUCUCUCUCUCUCUCUCUCUCUCUCUCUCUCUCUCUCUCUCUCUCUCUCUCUCUCUCUCUCUCUCUCUCUCUCUCUCUCUCUCUCUCUCUCUCUCUCUCUCUCUCUCUCUCUCUCUCCAGCUUCAAGUUUGUGGCUUGUAACCCCAUAGCUAUUUUUCUACCUGUCAAGUUAACCCCAUAGUGUUAUUUUAGAUACUAAUUGUUCACAUAGUCAAUAAAGUUUUAAUUAUGUCUGAAAUGAAGUUCCAGUCUGAGGACACCUUGGCUUAUUCAACCAAGAAGUUAGUUCUUCUUUAUGUACUCUUAAUUAAACAUUUCUGUAACAGUUAUGUCAAGAUUUUCAGGUGGAUAAAUGGAGAUUGAUGCACUCAUUUGCAGAAGUGAGGCAAGUGCCUCUGGGAUCAAAACUGAGUCACCACUUGCAUUGGAGAAUUGGAGCAUGGGGUCUCCCAGUAUAAAAUGCUGCCUGGAACCAGGAAGGUCUUUAAAAGCCAUACUUCUUUAGAAUUGUACAAGAAACUUGACAGUGUCUUUCUCUAUAUAUUUUCCAUUUUUGUGCUCUUCUAAGGCAAAGGAGUAAUCAGUAUGCCUAAAGCCACCUUACACAGCUACACAAGCAGCAUCUCAGCAAACCCUGCAUCCCACUCCCUCUCAGCCUCAAGGGUGUUUUGUGAAAGAAAUACCUAUGUGCAAUUACUGUUAUUGGUCUAAUUUUUAUAAUUUUAUAAUAAUAAUAAUAAUAAAAAUAAUAAUAAUAAUAAUAAUAACAAUAAUAAUAAUAAUAUAAUUAUUUAUCUACUUACCUAUUUAUUUAUUUGUUUAUUUUUAAUGUCAUCUGUGGGCUUUGACAGGGAGGGGCCAGUGAACUUUGUUUAUGAAAGACAAUGCGUUUUUCCACAGCACAAGUUUCUGUGGAUUUGUUAUAUUUUUUACUUUUUUUUAUUCUUUCCUCUUGGUUAUUACAUGUAUAUAUGUUAUUAACUAUUUGAUUUAAAAAAAAAAAGUUGAAAAAAUGUAUAAAAAUAAGAUACAAAAUUACCAGCAAAGCAAGUGAUUGCCAAGAAAACAGCAAUUGAUAAUCAAGAGCAUCUUGAAAUCUUGAGUGUACUUAUACAAUAGUGAGGCAAGUGGUGGUCUAGACUUGAAGAUAUUCCUGACUUAAGCCACUCUUUCUGUGGAUUCUUCUAGUGUCACUUGUCUAACUUCUGAAUGGAGCAUGUCAAUUGCAAAAUAUUUCUUUGUGCUGUAGGACCACAUGCACUGAGAAGUGUUUUUUACUGUAUUAUAAAUUAAAAUAUUAAGUUUGAUA